CUCCUGCUAGGGAGAUGUCGCAGGGAGUGGGCGGGUGGAUUUGGGAACUGGGCCCCCGCAGAGGGGCAGGGAAUGAGGCGGCAGCUGUGCAGGUGCAGAUAUUUGUAGCUUUGGGGGACAGCGAGAGUCGUACGGCGUCAUUUCGGCCUGCAAAUGGGGGCUGGUGGAGAGGGAGGUCAUAGAGGACUUUCGAUGGGCGGUUCAUCCAGAGAGGUGGCAGCUGGAUGCACCUGAGGUAUCCUUGACCCUUGAGGGAGUUCGGAGAGGGUGUCCGGCUGGGGACAUAGGAGAUUGCGAGCACAAAUUGUGAGUGUGAGUCGGGGCGGUCAGGCGGUGGUGGUUGCAAGUUUCUGGGGCCUAGGCUGGUGAGGAGGAAGAGACAGCGGAGAGGGCGACCUGGGCAGAGCUAGUUCAAACUCAACAGCCGGAAUGACUAUUUACAGCCCUGGCCAAUCGGCUUCCUAGGGAGGUUAUAAAUAGCGGUCUCGUGCAGAUGCCAGCGGGUGGCAGUUAGUUGCUGAGCAAGGGGCGGCACCGGUGGCAGUAGCCGUGACACCGGUGGCUUUGGGUGAAGCUGGCUCAGUAGGGUAUUGUGUCCUUGCUGGUAUGUCUGGCUUUUAAAAGCGUGACUUGUUUAUGGUUGCCGAUGUCCUUUAUUCACCUUGCGGUGCUGGCCAGUCCUUAGGUGGUCUGUUUGUCAGGAGUCUUGUAGGACAGACUUAUUCGGAACAGCGCGUGGGGCUUAGGUGCCUACCUACUCUUCUUAUUUAAAGUGUGCCCCUCAUCUCCAUUGUACCCCUUUUAUUUGCAAACCUUGACUUUUUAUUAACAGACAGUUUAGGAUCACCUUCUUUCCAGCAGGUGCGCUCAGGCUGCUUACCUUUGCUGAUAGAAUCAGUUUUCCACAAGGCUACACAAACAUUUCCUUUUCAAAGGAAAUUUUCUGAAAAUCCUUGGAAAAUGUGCUCAAUAGGUACUUACGCUUAAGGUUACCUAGCCCUAUUCAUUCAUUUAGUCAAAGAUACUGACUUCCUCUGUGUUGUGCAAAGCACUGGGGGAGAAGUAAUACCAAAGUGAAUAUAACAGCUCAUAAGGAUAUUCUCAAUCCUGGCAACAACCCUGAGAGUGAUUUGCCUUGAAGGAAACUGGGGAGUCAGAAAAUUGGAAACUCAUAUCAGCAUGGCAAGCCUACUGAAAACACUGGUGACUGGCUGCUCGUGUCCUUUACUUAGCAAUUUGGGGUCCUGUAAGGGUCUACAUGUGAAGAAGGAUUUUUUACGAACAUUUCAUACUCACCAAGAACUGUGGUGUAAAGCGCCUGUAAAACCAGGAAUUCCAUAUAAGCAACUGACUGUUGGAGUCCCCAAAGAGAUAUUCCAAAAUGAGAAGCGAGUGGCAUUGUCUCCUGCUGGCGUUCAGAACUUGGUCAAGCAGGGUUUUAAUGUUGUCGUGGAAUCUGGUGCGGGCGAAGCUUCCAAGUUCUCAGAUGAUCACUAUAGAGCGGCAGGUGCCCAAAUCCAAGGGGCAAAGGAAGCGCUGGCUUCUGAUUUGGUGGUCAAAGUGCGAGCCCCUAUGGUUAAUCCAACAUUAGGUGUUCAUGAAGCGGACCUUUUAAAGACAUCGGGAACACUGAUUAGUUUUAUUUACCCAGCCCAAAAUCCAGAGUUGCUAAAUAAACUUUCCCAAAGAAAAACUACAGUUUUGGCAAUGGACCAGGUUCCAAGAGUUACAAUUGCUCAGGGAUAUGAUGCACUAAGCUCCAUGGCCAACAUUGCAGGUUAUAAGGCUGUUGUCCUAGCAGCAAAUCAUUUUGGACGUUUUUUUACUGGUCAGAUCACAGCUGCUGGAAAAGUUCCUCCAGCUAAGAUUCUGAUAGUUGGUGGUGGUGUUGCUGGGCUUGCUUCUGCAGGCGCAGCAAAGUCGAUGGGUGCAAUCGUUCGAGGAUUUGACACAAGAGCUGCAGCUUUGGAACAGUUCAAGUCUCUUGGUGCUGAGCCCUUGGAGGUGGACUUGAAGGAAUCUGGUGAGGGACAAGGAGGAUAUGCAAAAGAGAUGUCCAAAGAAUUCAUUGAAGCUGAAAUGAAACUCUUUGCUCAACAAUGCAAGGAGGUAGACAUCCUUAUCAGCACAGCACUUAUUCCAGGUAAAAAAGCUCCAGUUUUAUUUAAUAAAGAAAUGAUUGAGUCAAUGAAGGAAGGUUCAGUUGUUGUGGAUUUAGCUGCUGAGGCUGGUGGAAACUUUGAAACCACUAAGCCAGGAGAACUCUACAUUCAUAAGGGAAUUACUCACAUAGGCUACACAGACCUGCCCAGCCGAAUGGCCACUCAGGCCAGCACCCUAUAUUCCAACAACAUCACCAAACUCCUGAAGGCCAUCAGCCCGGACAAAGAUAAUUUUUAUUUUGAUGUGAAAGAUGACUUUGACUUUGGUACGAUGGGUCAUGUCAUCAGAGGAACUGUAGUGAUGAAAGAUGGUAAAGUGAUUUUCCCACCUCCCACACCGAAAAAUAUUCCUCAAGGUGCCCCAGUAAAACAGAAGACAGUGGCUGAGCUGGAAGCUGAAAAAGCAGCUACCAUUACACCCUUCAGGAAGACAAUGACAACAGCUUCUGCAUAUACAGCAGGUCUCACAGGGAUACUGGGUUUGGGCAUUGCAGCUCCCAAUCUAGCCUUUUCUCAGAUGGUGACCACUUUUGGCUUGGCCGGCAUUGUGGGGUAUCAUACCGUCUGGGGAGUGACCCCUGCUCUCCACUCACCACUAAUGUCUGUGACGAAUGCAAUCUCAGGCCUGACUGCAGUUGGUGGGUUGGCACUGAUGGGAGGACAUUUGUAUCCUUCCACAACUUCUCAGGGCCUUGCUACUCUUGCCACAUUCAUAUCCUCCGUCAACAUUGCAGGUGGCUUUCUGGUAACUCAGAGAAUGCUGGACAUGUUCAAGCGUCCCACUGACCCCCCAGAAUACAACUACCUGUAUCUGCUCCCUGCUGGUACCUUUGUUGGUGGAUAUUUAGCUGCCCUCUACAGUGGUUAUAACAUUGAACAGAUCAUGUACCUAGGCUCGGGUUUGUGCUGUGUUGGUGCCUUGGCUGGCCUCUCCACCCAGGGAACAGCACGUCUUGGCAAUGCAUUGGGCAUGAUUGGGGUUGCUGGAGGGCUGGCAGCUACCCUCGGAGUCCUGAAACCGGGCCCAGAAUUACUAGCUCAGAUGUCUGGAGCGAUGGCUUUGGGUGGUACCAUUGGAUUGACAAUUGCCAAACGCAUCCAGAUUUCUGAUUUACCUCAAUUAGUUGCUGCUUUUCACAGUUUAGUGGGUUUGGCAGCUGUACUUACUUGCAUAGCUGAGUACAUUAUAGAAUAUCCACAUUUUGCUACGGAUGCAGCAGCAAAUCUCACCAAGAUUGUGGCCUACCUCGGCACUUACAUUGGUGGCGUCACCUUUAGUGGGUCUCUCAUUGCCUAUGGAAAAUUGCAGGGUCUCCUGAAAUCUGCCCCUCUCCUACUGCCUGGAAGGCACUUACUCAAUGCAGGCUUACUGGCUGCUAGUGUGGGCGGGAUAAUACCAUUCAUGGUGGACCCAAGCUUUACCACUGGCAUCGCCUGUCUGGGUUCUGUGUCUGCUCUCUCUGCUGUCAUGGGUGUGACUUUGACAGCUGCUAUUGGGGGUGCCGACAUGCCUGUCGUCAUCACUGUGCUGAACAGCUACUCAGGCUGGGCCCUGUGUGCAGAGGGCUUCCUGCUCAACAACAAUCUGCUGACCAUUGUGGGUGCACUCAUAGGCUCGUCUGGUGCUAUCCUGUCAUACAUCAUGUGUGUGGCAAUGAAUCGCUCCCUGGCUAAUGUGAUUCUUGGAGGCUAUGGUACUACUUCAACAGCUGGUGGAAAACCCAUGGAAAUUUCCGGCACACAUACGGAAAUCAACCUUGACAAUGCAAUUGAUAUGAUUCGAGAAGCUAAUAGCAUUAUUAUUACACCAGGCUAUGGUCUCUGUGCAGCCAAAGCUCAAUACCCCAUUGCUGAUUUGGUAAAGAUGCUCACUGAGCAAGGCAAAAAAGUCAGGUUUGGAAUUCACCCAGUUGCAGGCCGCAUGCCUGGUCAGCUUAAUGUGCUGCUGGCUGAGGCUGGAGUGCCAUAUGAUAUUGUGUUGGAAAUGGAUGAGAUCAACCAUGAUUUUCCAGAUACUGAUUUGGUGCUUGUAAUUGGAGCUAAUGACACUGUUAAUUCAGCAGCUCAAGAAGAUCCCAACUCUAUUAUUGCAGGCAUGCCAGUCCUUGAGGUCUGGAAAUCAAAGCAGGUGAUUGUUAUGAAGAGGUCUUUGGGCGUUGGCUAUGCUGCAGUGGACAAUCCAAUCUUCUACAAACCUAACACGGCCAUGCUUCUAGGUGAUGCUAAGAAAACAUGUGAUGCGCUCCAGGCGAAAGUUAGAGAAUCCUAUCAGAAGUAAAUAUUAAGGAUCAAGCUGUUGGCUAAUAAAGCCACCUCUGCAGUUGUGGGAACAGGAAAAUAAAGUAUCAGUAUACAUGGUGAUGUACAUCUGUAGCAAAGCUCUUGGAAGAAAAGGAAGACUGAAGAAAGCAAAGCAAAUACUGUAUAGAGAGAUUUUUCAAAAGCAGUGAUCCCUCAAUUUUAAAAAAGGAUUGAAAAUUCUAAAUGUCUUUCUGUGCAUAUUUUUUGUGUUAGGAAUCAAAAGUAUUUUAUAAAAGGAGAAAGAACAGCCUCAUUUUAGAUGUAAUCCUGUUGGAUUUUUUAUGCCUCCUCAGUAACCAGAAAUGUUUUAAGAAACUGAGUGUUUAGGAUUUCAGGACUUAACAUUAUACAUGGCUCUGAAAUAUCUGACACAAUGUAAACAUUGCAGGCACCUGCAUUUUGUGUUUUUUUUUUUCCAACAAAUGUGACUAAUUUGAAACUUUUAUGGACUUCUGAGCUGUCCCCUUGCAAUUUAACCACAGUUUGAAUUAACCAUAUCAAAUCAGUUUUAAUUUUUUAAACUGUACCUCAGAGUCUAUAUUUCAAGGGCAUAUUUUCUCACUACUAUUUUAAUACAUUAAAGGACUAAAUAAUCUUUCAGAGAUGCUGGAAACAAAUCAUUUGCUUUAUAUGUUUCAUUAGAACACUAAUGAAACAUACAACUUGAAAAUUAGUAAUAGUUGUAUUUUAGAAAAUCCCAUUUCUAAUUGGAGAUCUCUUUAAUUUCAAUCAACUUAUAAUGUGUAGUACUGUAUUAAGUGCACUUGAGUGGAAUUCAACAUUUGACUAAUAAAAUGAGUUCAUCGUGUUGGCAAGUGAUGUAGCAAUUAUCUCUGGUGACAAAAGAGUAAAAUCAAAUAUUUCUGCCUGUUACAAAUAUCAAAGGAAGAUCCGCUACUAUGAAAUAGAUGACAUUAAUCUGUCUUCACUGUUUAUAAUAGGGAUGGAUUUUCUUUCAAAUCAGUGUAUGUUUUGAGGUCUUAUGUAAUUGAUGACAUUUGAGAGAAAUGGUGGCUUUUUUUUUUAGCUACCUCUUUGUUCAUCUAAGUACCAGUAAAGAUCAUGUCUUUUUAUACAAGUCUAGAUUUUCUUUGUGACUUUGCUACUGUGACUAAAGCUCUAAAUAUAGGUGAAUGUGUGAUGAAUA